CUUCACGCCGCCAUCUUGGCAAACUAGUCGGAAGUUACCGACAAAAAGCGAAAAAAAAGCUGCAAACGCAGCAUCCGUAGGCUGCGACGAUGACGAGAAGCGAAGGGCGGCGUUCCAAAGUGUUUUGUCUUUCGCUUCUGAACUGUUGACAACAUCAAAAUGUUGAGAGGGUGGUGAAGGGAACGACUUAUUACGACCACCGAGGAAAUAUUGGGACUGGUGGAGCGAACGAUAGCGUCAUACGAGGAGCAACUUUAUCCAACGAAGAGGAGACCUGCGAACACACGUGUGUCGGUGCCAGUGUGGAAAAAGCACUGCGGCUGUGGCUCGUGACCCACGCAGCUCCUUCCUCGCGCCGUCCGCACGCAAGCUACUCCCCUCCACCUCCGUCUGCAGAAGAGGAGCUAGAAGCAGCGUGACGCCGUCAUACAUCUCCCAUCACCUUAUUCCAGCAUGACCAGCACAAGUUCCACGCCAGGUAGAGGGGCUGAGGAUUCAGAACCAGGACCAUCUACCUCCAGCGACAGGGACCAUCAGUCCGGUCCUGAUGUUUUCUGUAAGCUAUGCCUCUGCCAGCAUCCACCCGCACUUGCCAGGACACUGCACAGCUGUGCAUGCAUCUUCUGUACAUCUUGUCUGCAGCAGUAUGUUCAGCUGAGCAUCAAGGAGGGUGGGGGUGCGCCCAUCACCUGUCCUGAUAUGGCUUGCAAAAACACUGGGGUGCUACUUGAUUCUGAGAUAGCCGAAUUGGCCUCUGCUGAUCAGAUUAAGCUGUAUGAGCGCUUGAAGUUUGAGAGAGGAGUGAAGCUGGACCCGAGUAAAACCUGGUGUCCGGUGCUUGAUUGUCAGGCCGUGUGCGACGUGCCACUGAGCUCUGAGGGCCAGCCCUCCGCUGUGCCAUGCCCAACAUGUCACACCAUAUUCUGCUCCGGCUGCAAAGGACCCUGGCAGGGGAGCCACACCUGUCCUGAGCAACAACCCAUGAAGUCACACUUUGGUGAAAGCAGCAGCGACUCUGAUUCGCCCAUUAAACAGUGCCCGAUGUGUGGCAUCUAUAUCGAGCGGAACCAGGGUUGUGCACAAAUGCUGUGCAAGAGCUGCAAACACACCUUCUGUUGGUACUGUCUGCAGAACCUGGAUAGUGACAUUUUCCUCAGACAUUACGACAAAGGGCCUUGCAGGAACAAACUUGGCCACUCCAGAGCCUCGGUUAUGUGGAACCGAACGCAGGUGGCGGGAAUCUUGGUUGGGGUAAGCAUUGUGAUGCUGAUUACCUCUCCACUCCUUUUGCUGGCCUCCCCAUGCAUCCUGUGUUGCCUCUGCAAGCCCUGCAGACUGAAGAAGAAGAAGAAAAAAAAGGAAUUGAGUCCCGCAGACUCCUCCGCAUAGCAGCUUUCCUGUUGGGCCCUGCACCAGCCUCAAGUAGCUUGGGGAAUCAUUGACUGCAUCAGAUCGGAUGUGCACUCUGGUACAAAACCAAAUGUGGGAUUUGACAGUGAUGGUGAUGAUGCCAACAGGUAUGCAUCAUCAGCAGCUGAAAAGGAUUCAGUGGGCCUCUUAUAAGCAGAACUAUAUCACCACUGACUCAUGCGCAUUAUGCCAGAAGAGUGGCAGUAAAGAGAAAGCGGUGAAUUUUGCACUCAUGCACUUCAACCUCCAGCUAAAUGCGAGGUGCUUAAGUGCCUGAGUCUUUGCUGUGCCUGGUGCCGGGUUGCAUUUGUUUUGCCGCCUUUUAUCGUACGCUCAUCACUUAGAAUGUAAAGGUCACUAAUAAGUCAGUAAGUAAUGUCAAGCGGAAGAAGCAAGAAAGCUAAACUUUCCUGUAUGCACCUUAUUCUUAUUCUUGUAGUGAAACAAGAUAGGGCUUCAACCGUGCACAAAAAUGUGUCCCACUGAAAAUGUUUUUGUUUCCAUGAGGCCCACGCUCCAGACUGGACUGAAGGAUGUAAAGUAGCAGUCGCUUCACCAACAGUGACCCAUUUCCCACAAAGUACAUCCACACAUUUUUUGCAAACAUUUGGAAAGUAGUAUUAGAAAAGAAUGGCAUUGAAGCAAAUGAAAACCAACUGUAAAACAGCCCACACUGACUAGUCAUAAUGAGUGGAAGGCCAGUGCUUGUUUCUAUUCAAUGAGCCGGUACCACCUUGAGGUAAGGGCAGAGAAUGACACCCCAAGUUAGUACUUAAUGUAGUCAGCUCAGUAAUUUUGUUUUGAUUGACGUCAUUGUAGAAUUUCACACAUUACAAUGAUAAGAUGCAGACGAUAGGAAUUACGUGCUUUUUUUUUUUUUGGUUGGGCAAACUGGAAAUUCUGCCACAAUGUUAAUCUAGGUUUGUCUUCUAAUUCUAGCUGCUUGGUCUUCAUGUGCCAGAGCAAUUUUGCAAGCCUCUUGCUCUGUACUGGUAUUACACUGAGUGGGUUUAGCGCGUGAGAAUCGCCUGUAGAAAAUCAGCCAUAAAGCUGAGAAGAGAGGGAUGACAGUGAAUGAGUCUUCCAUACAGCUUACUUGUUGGAGGCUCUUCUCAUCAUUGACCCCCCACCCCCUUUCUGAAUAGUUUCUCCAAAGAUGUUUUUCUUAAAAAUCUAAGAUUGUGGGAUUGCUUUUUUUAACUACCAUAUCACUUGACCAAGACAAGCAGUUUGACCAAUGGAGAUGCAUACAUGCACGCAUGAUUUUAAAAAUAAAAUUCUGAAAGAUUCAGUUGAUCAAAAUAUAUAUUUUUUUAUGCACUCUUAGCGCUGGUGGUUGGUUACUGCUGCUUUAAAAGAUCAUUGAUAUUUGUUCUAUAACUGUAUUAGGUAGAUUAUUUUUUUGGUGUUUCAGUAUAACAUGUUUUCUAAAAUUGAAAUAAAGACACUGCAUUGAA